CAUCAAAACCCAAACCCAACCAUAAAAAACCCUAGUCUUCUUUAUCCCUUUGAAAAAAGCAGAGCAGAUUUCGAAAGAAAAGAGGGGCACGGUAGAACAAAAAAAAAAAAAGAAGAAAACUCCUAAUUCUUCUCCCAUCUGACUCGAAGUUGGAAGAUGUCUAAGAAAGUAACAAUUGAUUCCUUUUUCAAGAGAAAAGAGAGAAAUAGUGAUGACUAUGGCACACAAUCUAUUCUGGUAACACCAAUUUCAAAUCUCGAGUCUGUGCCUAAUAUAGAAAAUUUUGUUCAACUUCAGCCAAAUACAAUGCCUAAUUUGGAACAACCUCCAUCCAAAGUUUUGAAAAUUGGACAAAACAUUGAUAUUGCUUCCUUGGAACGUGAUCCUGGCAUACAUCCAAAAAUUUCAAAUUACCCUAUCAAUCAACAGGAUGAAAUUCGUAGGGCAUACAUACAAUUUGGUCCCUAUCGAAACAACCCACAAGUUUAUCCACUUUUUGGUCCAAACAAAAAUCUUCAUCGAUUUCAAGCUUAUUGGUUGGAAAGAUUUCCUUGGUUAGAAUAUUCACCUGCAAAGGAUGCUGCCUUUUGCUUUCCUUGCUAUUUGUUUGCAAAAAAACCAAGUGGGAAACAAGGAGGGGUAGAGACAUUUACUUCAAUCGGAUUCAAAAAAUGGAAAAAAGUCAACAAUGGGGAUAAAUGUAAAUUUUUAGCUCACAUGGGAAAGGAUCCAAAUUCAAUUCACAAUAUUGCUGUUAAAUGCCUUGAAGAUUUUAAGAAUCAGUCUUGUCAUGUUGAAAAGGUGUUAGACAAACAAAGCUCACAACAAAUUGAGAAGAACCAGUUGUGUCUCAAAACUUCUAUUGAUGUUGUUAGAUGGUUAACUUUUCAAGCUUGUGCUUUCAGAGGGCAUGAUGAAAGCUUGGAUUCAAAAAACCGUGGUAAUUUUCUUGAGAUGAUCAAUCUUUUGACUUCUUAUAAUAAGGAAGUGAAUGAAGUUGUUUUAGAGAAUGCCCCACAAAAUGCAAAAUAUACAUCUCCAACCAUUCAAAAGGAGAUUUUACAAGUUUUUGCUAGAAAGGUUCAAGCUGAAAUUUGUAAAGAGAUUGGUGAUGCAAAAUUUUGUUUAAUUGUUGAUGAAGCUCGUGAUGAAUCUAAAAGAGAACAAAUGUCAAUCGUUGUUAGAUUUGUUGAUAAAGAUGGGUUUGUGAAGGAGCGUCUUCUAGAUGUAGUACAUGUCAGAGAGACAAAUGCAUUGACUCUUAAACAAGAGAUUUGUUUUGUUUUAUCCCAUCACAAUCUUAGCAUUCAAAAUGUUCGAGGUCAAGGGUAUGAUGGAGCUAGUAAUAUGCAUGGAGAAUGGAAUGGAUUACAAGCUUUAAUUCUUCAAGAAUGUCCUUAUGCUUAUUAUGUGCAUUGCUUAGCUCAUCAAUUACAAUUAGCCCUUAUUGCUGCAGCUAGAGAAGCACCUGAUGUUCAUGCUUUUUUUUCAGAAUUUGACUUCUAUAAUUAACAUUGCCAGUUCUUCUUGCAAGCAUCAUGAUGAGUUGCAAGCUACAUAUGCACUUGAAAUUGCUCGUUUAGUUGAAAUUAAUGAGAUUGAAACAGGAAGAGGAGCCAAUCAAUUGGGCACUUUACA